AUGGACACACUAGCUACCCCCCUCAAGCCUCGAAAACGCACAACCACCAGUGCCUUCGACGCCUCGCGCAAAAGAACCCUCAGAGAAGCCGGCCUCCGCGCCGAAGAGCACACCAACAUCGUCGGGAUCUACCUCGACAUCGACCCCCGGACAAGCCCCCAGGACCCAGAGGAUGUCAUCUUAGCUUCUAGACGGGAACUAGAGCGUCGAAUGACAGAGGAGGAGGCGCGUUAUGCCAAUCCACGGGGCAAGCCCCGGAACCAUCGUAUCAGGGUGUAUUGGAGGUUCCCGUCUGGGGCGCAGACGGCUGAAGAGGUGUUCAAGGAGGCGUGGAUAUACAAUAUGGCGUUUGAGGAUAUACUUGAGAAGCGGAAGGAGUUUGGAUUUCCGGUGUUGUUGGAUGGGUGUUGUAUGGUUGAUAUCCUUGUUCCUGAUCGCGAUAGGAAGGUAAAUGAUGUUUCUGUUACGAAUGUUGGGUAUUUUUCUUGGGAGGACUUUCUGUCGAAGGUUAAGCCUGCUUUUCCGGAUAAAGAUAAUCCUGGAACUUAUGUUGGGUUUUAG